AUGUACUCUGAGAGUCUCGAAACAGCCGACCUUCACGAUGUGAUGAUGGAAGCAAUUCAACUGGACCAAGUCGAAUUCGUUUCACUACUUCUCUCUCAUGGCUUCCUGAUAAAGCCUUCUUUUACUCGAAAGGCAACAGUAUGCAAGGCGAAGCGUGUUCUCGAAUGUUUUUUCGGAGCUGGAUGGGACAUAAAUGAGCCAGUUGAUGUUUUAAUACCUCCUGUGCUCUGCUACGCGGUAACAGACGCCGAUAUGACCAGUUGGUUUCUGGAACAUGGUGCGAACCCUAAUACGCGAUGCGAGGUAGACUGCACCCCGUUAUCCUAUGCUGUUCGAAAUGCACCUCUGAGUGUCAUCGAACUAAUGCUAGACCGUGGAGGGGACGUGGGGAAAGGACAACUUCUUCAGUAUGCCGUUUGUCGAGACGAGGGGCUUGAAGAUGUCAUUUCCCUGCUCGUCGAAAGAGGUGCCCCUUUGAACGCAACAAUGUGUCAGGAUGGCCCGACAUUGAUGCGAUUCUUUCCUAUGAGCCUAGGGACUGCGUUGCACGUGGCAACAGAGCAGAGAAAGACGAAUGCAAUCCGCCUUCUAAUUCAUCUCGGAGCAGACACUGAGGUGAAGGACGCGAACGGUGAUACUGCUUUAGAAUGGGCACAAAAAUGGAAUAAAGCAGAAAUGGUGCAGCUGUUGAGAGACUUGGGAUGUCGUUCCUAA